AUGGACGCAAAACAAUUCCAAGAACUCAUGAAGGUUCUGACUACGUGUCUGGAACGCCAAACGAUACAACAGGUAACGCAACCGUCAGUAAAUUCGAACAAUAACCUAGUAUCACAUUUUGGAAGCUUUGAUCCAGAUAAAGAAAGUUUCGAGCAUUACAAGCAGCGUCUAGAAAACUUCCUUAGAUUGAAGAAUAUAUUCGAUGACAAAAAUCUCUGCGCGAAAGUUUUGUUGAAUUGCAUUGGUUCAAAAUAUUAUGAAUUAUUGACAUCACUGACUGCACCAAACUUGCCAACAGAGAGAACGUACGAACAAUUAAUGGAACUACUAGAAACUUACCUAUGUCCAAAACCAAAUGUAGUGGUACAGCAACAUCGGUUUCUCUCAUGCGUACAAAAGCCAGAAAACAAUAUAGCAGCAUAUGUCGCUGAAUUAAGAAAAUUUAUCAUUACUUGUGGAUUCAAUUGCGAAUGUGGAAGAUCUGUUGCAGAUUUAUUUCUACGUGCUCAAUUUAUUCGAGGACUUCGUGACACAACGAUUCGAGAAAAACUUCUACAGACAACCGACUUGACAUUCAAAAAGGCAGUGGAUACCGCUCUUGCUCUAGAAGCAUCAAAACUGGACAACCAUGAAAUAUCAGGAACACCAGCAGGGAGGAAGUCUUCAAUUGAAAAUGUGAAUCGCAUUUCAAAGUCCCGAGAUAAAUCAAGUAAGCGAUCAAAUAACCGGAACAACCCUGGUAAAAGUCGUUCAAAUAGUCAAGCACGGUCUAAAAGCAGAAUCAAUUAUCGCGCCCUAGGAUUAGAAAAUGUAUGCAUUCGUUGUGGUCGUAACAACCACAAAACACAAGAUUGUCGCAUCAACUUCAAUAACUUAAAAUGUCACGCUUGUGAUAAAACAGGUCACGUAAAAAAGGUCUGCAUUUCGACAUUAAUGAAACCAAAAAAUAGCGAUACACUUACGCUUGAAACGGACACUCAAGAAGAUAACAAAAAGCUCAACGAUACUAACAGCAUUCAAGAUUUCUACGGAAUCAACGAGGUAAUAGUUGAUAUUUAUGAAAAAUCGUCUGUGGAAGGAAUUAUGUUUAUUGUCGAAAGCGGCACUCCACUAUUUGGCAGAACGUGGAUCCGGCAUUUAAGAAUUAAUUUACUCGAUCUAGAUAAAACUCACAUUCCAGAAUCUAUGUGUUCAGAAUCGAUUAAUUGCCUAAAUACACAUAAAGAUGACGUAAUCAAAAUCCUGCAACAAUUCAAUGAUAUUUUCGAACCGGAAGUAGGAUGCAUCCCAAAUUUCACCUGCUCAUUGAAACUACGGGAAGAAGCAAAACCCGUGUUCUUAAAAGCUCGUGAUGUUCCAUUUGCACUCCGAGAUAAAGUCGACACAGAAUUAGAUACAUUAGAAGCUCAAGGCAUUAUUUCAAAAAUUGAUUGCGUCGACUGGGGAUCACCUUUAGUAGUUAUUCCGAAGCCAGAUGGUUCUGUUCGGUUAUGUGUUGAUUAUAAAAUUGCAGUAAACCCCCAGCUAAAAGGAGCUCAUUAUCCGAUUCCAAGAAUUGACGAAAUUCUAAACAGUCUUAGAAAUGCAAAGUUUUUCUGCACACUUGACUUGUUCAAAGCAUACUUGCAUGUUGCAGUGGAUGAAGAAAGCAAGAUUAUUCAAACCAUAUCAACCCACCGAGGUACCUAUAAAAUGAAUCGGCUGUCUUUUGGAAUCAAAACAGCCCCCAGCGAAUUCCAUAGAAUCUUAGAUCAAAUUCUAAGUGAUCUCGACGGGAUAACCACUUAUUUCGACGACAUCGUAGUGAGUGGCUCAACAUACAUAGAAUGUAAACAGCGAUUAAUUGCUUGCCUGGAAAGACUGAAGAAAUAUAAUUUACAUUUGAAUCAAAAGAAAUGUCGAUUUUUCGAAAAGAAGAUUUCUUAUCUAGGAUACAUAAUAGAAGAAAACACAAUUUCGAAGUGCCCAAACAAAGUAAAAGCAAUUCUAGAAGCACCGAAACCUAAGAAUACUGAAGAUGUAAAAAUAUUUUUGGGAUUAAUUACGUACUAUUCCAGGUUUAUCCCAAAUGUGUCCACAAUUACAUACCCGAUUCGACAACUAUUACAGAAGGAAAAGAAUUUCUCUUGGUCAUCCAGCUGUGAGGCAGCAUUUAUUAAAUUAAAAGAAGAAAUUGCCAGUGACCGGGUAUUAAUGCCGUAUAAUCCUUCUCUCCCAGUCACAGUAGCAUGUGACGCGAGCCCAACAGGAAUCGCGGGAGUACUGUCACACAUUGUAGAAGGCAUAGAAAAACCAGUAGCUUUUGUAUCUCGUUCCCUUACGAGAGCCGAACAAAAUUACAGCCAGUUGGACAGGGAAGCCCUCGCCAUUAUAUUUGCAAUCCAGAAAUUCUAUCGGUACGUAUACGGACGACCGUUUACACUAAUAUCGGACAAUCGUCCUCUAACCAGAAUCUUCCAGCAUAACACAAAACUGCCUGCGAUCACUUCCGCACGAUUACUGCGAUAUGCAACAUUUCUAAGCAAUUUCAAUUAUAAAGUAGAGCAUCGUAAAGCUGAGGACCAUGGUAACGUCGAUUAUUUGUCGCGCGCAUCAUUAGAAAUCAAGUCAACCGCACAGGAUGAAGAUGAAGAAAUCAACGACCAGAUAAUCAAUCAAAUAUCCACUACAGUUAUCACUAGCAAAACCAUCGCAGAAGAAACCAUAAAAGACGAAGAAUUAUCACAGCUAAAAGAAAACUUAGCAUCUGGAGAAACAUAUGAUCCAAUUUACAGCCUGCAUAAUGGUAUUAUCUUCCGAGGUCAUCGAAUCUUCAUUCCCACUUCAUUACGUCCAGAGAUCUUGAAAGAGCUGCACUAUACUCACCUUGGCAUUUCAAAAAUGAAGAAGUUAGCUAGGCGAUAUUGCUACUGGCGGAACAUCGAUAAAGAUAUCGAAGGGAUAGUACGUUCAUGUCUAGAAUGUACGAAAGGACAGAAUAAUCCUCGAAAGGCUCCACUCCACCAUUGGGAAGAGCCCGAGUCCAACUUCCAGCGUGUUCACAUAGAUUACGCCGGACCAUUUCAAGGUCAUCAGUUCCUUGUUCUUGUUGACGCCAAAUCUAAAUGGCCGGAAGUUAGAAUCACAAAAGGAACCCCAACGUCUGUUUCAACUAUCCGUUUUCUAGAAAAUAUUUUUAGCUCACAUGGAACACCUGAAGUCUUGGUAUCCGACAACGCGACAAUAUUCAAAAGUGAGGAAUUUACACAAUUCUGUCAAAGAAAUGGCAUCUUUCAAAAAUUCAUUGCCCCAGGACAUCCAGCAACUAACGGGUUAGCAGAAAGGUACGUUCAAAUUCUCAAGAAGAAGUUGAAAGCAAUGGAAUCCGAUCCAAGUACAAUGACUUCAAAAGUAGAAAACAUUCUAUAUCGUUUCCGAGCCACACCAUUACACUGUGGUAAAAGUCCAUCGGAGAUUUAUCUAAACAGGCAAAUUCGAACAAGUCUAGAUUUAUUACGCCCUCCGAGCAUAAGGUCGACGUCCACUCAAGAAUGUCAUGUAAGUCAAUUAAGCGUGGGAGACAGAGUACAGUCUCGAGCAUACAGUGGAACUCAACGAUGGAAACUUGGCGUAGUCACGAAAAAGUUAGGUCGACUACAUUAUUUGAUACAUUUAGACGAAGGAUAUCUCAUCAAGAGACACAUUAAUCAGCUACGUCAGAGUGAAGUCCCUAAGGAAAAACCUGAAAGGAAAUCAGUCCAUUUUGGUCCAGUAACCAGGAACUGGUACCCAUUACUAGACAACAUACCAGAGCCCCAACCAAGAACUGAAGAGCAGCCCCUCCAGGUACAAGCCCCAGAGAAGGACCCUGUUCCGGCAGCGCAAAAUAUUCAGACACCAAUCGGAGAAAGUGCCAUAAGGGAAAGCCAGAACCAAGAUCCACCACUUCGCAGAUCUGAGAGGAUCCGUAAACCUCCGACAUAUUUAGACAGUUUUGUUCCCAAAUGA